AAUCCCAUUCCCAUUCCCAUUCCCAGAUGAAGCUGCUGCUGUCCAUCCUACUCCUUGCAGCGGAGACCGGUCAUGAGCAGACGAUGGGCGCCAUUGCUGGACAGCAGCCGCCGAUCACGCGCGAGGGCUGCCCCGACAAGUGCGGCGAGACGAGCAUCCCCUUCCCGUUCGGCAUGGCGCGCGGCUGCUUCCGGCCGGGCUUCCAGGUCGUCUGCAACCACUCCUUCCGCCCUCCUCGCGCCUUCCUCGCUGACAACGGCGGAAGAACGUACCAGCGGAUGAUGGACCAGAACUACACGGGGCCGUCGUUCAGGCCUGGAGAGCCCUUGCGCCGGAACAAGGCGGUGGAGCUCAUCGACGUGUCGGUCGACAAGAGCGAGGCACGGAUAUACACCGCGGUCAGCUCCAUCUGCAGCACUAGCGGCACCCACGCGGUGGGCAGGUAUGCGUUCACCUACCUGGACAAGGCAGGGCCGUUCCUCGCCUCGCCAGUCCGCAACGUCCUCGUCGGCGUCGGAGCAAGAGUCGAGGCCACCAUGGUGAGCAGCUUCGGUGAGACGGAGAAGGCGAUGGCCUACCGGCCGUCCUGCCUCUCAGACCUCGUGGGCAACCUGCAGUUCGCCACCGACGGGGAGUGCUCGGGGCGGGGCUGCUGCGUCGCCGUCUUGCCCCCGGAAGCGCCCCUCCUCACCAGGUUCGUGGCCGGGUUCAGGCCCCGCCACAGGAGGCGUGGGUGGGAAUCCAGCCCAUGCUCCUACGGCAUGGUGGUGCAGAGCUCCUGGUACAACUUCUCUACGCCGGAUCUGUACGGCUACGAGGCGCUAUCCGGCAGGCUCGCGAGGGGUGUGCCCGCCGUGCUCGAUUUCGCCAUCAGGAAAGGUACGUGCCCGCCCGACGGCCAGCAGCCACCGGCGGGCUACGCUUGUGUCAGCGGCAACAGCUCUUGCUCCAACGAGGCAAGAGGCUAUGUCUGCAAGUGCUCGGAACAUUACCAUGGCAACCCCUACAUCACCAAUGGAUGCCAAGACAUCGACGAGUGCAAGUUGCGAAAACAGAGUCAUGAGCUCAGACUCUUGUAUCCUUGCUCUGAUGACGGGAUCUGCAGCAAUAGGGUGGGAGGCUAUGAUUGUCGCUGCAAACCCGGAAUGAAAGGCGACGCUAUAAAAGGGCACUGUACGGAGAAAUUCCCCCUGCCAGCAAAAGUGGUUGUCGGCAUUGCUGCCUUCAUUGUUGUCUCAGUGCUCAUGGUUAUGUCCCAUCAACUCCUAAAACGCAAAAGGUUCUAUGAGCAAAAUGGCGGUCCAGUACUAAAAGGUGUGAAGAAUAUACGGAUCUACAGAAGGAAACAACUGAAACAAAUAACAAAUAACUACAGGCAUAUCAUUGGAGAGGGCCACUUUGGCAAGGUUUAUAUGGGGACUCUGGAAGACAAACAACAUGUGGCUAUAAAGAUCUCCAUCAAAGUCGACAAGGACAUGAAGAAGGAAUUCAUCGACGAGGUUAUAAUACAGUCCGGAAUGAGGCACAAGAACAUCGUCAGGCUCCUAGGCUGUUGCCUGGAGGUGGAUGCUCCAAUGUUGGUCUACGAGUAUGCAGCGAGGGGGAGUCUACAUGAUGUUCUGUUUGGAUUAAGGCGCAUAGAUAUCAUACCUGUGCAUACGCGCCUCGGCAUUGCUGUCGGGUCAGCCGAAGGCCUAGCAUACAUGCAUUCAGCAGUGGAGAGCACAAUACGCCAUGGCGAUGUUAAAUCUGCCAAUAUUCUUCUGGAUGAUAAAUUCAUUCCAAAGGUUUCAGACUUUGGAACGACAAGGCUGCUCGUGAGGGGAAAAUCUGUGAAGACCGAGCGUGUCGUUGGGGAUCUAAAUUACAUAGAUCCAAUAUAUAUGGAGCAUGGAGUUGUUACACAGAAGAGCGACGUCUACGGCUUUGGAGUUGUUCUCAUGGAACUGAUCACAAGGAGGCCCGCCAUACACGACGACCGAAGGAGCUAUGUUGCAAGCUUUGUUCAAGCUUCUCUUGAUAAACAAGCAAGGAACUUUUUUGAUCAGGCUAUUACAAGCGAGGGGGACAUUAAGCUCCUGGAAAUGGUAGGCGAGGUCGCUGUGGAGUGUCUCAAACCUAAUCCAGAAGAACGCCUAGAUAUGAAACAAGUAGAACAAUGCCUCGUCCAAAUUAUGGGACAGUCCGCACAACAUGCUCAGGAGACAAGCUAUCAUGGAGAUCUUAGUCCUGCACCGGAUGAUAUUCCCUUGCUCAAGGAGACAAGGAUUGCAAGAAUGCAGUAACCAGACUAGGAACAAGUAUAGAAUUGAUUUUGCUAAUAUUCUGAAUAUCACAUCCAUUUAUGUAACCGCUUUAGUGUCCUGAUAAUUUUUACUGGUUAUAAUUUGUCAAGACAUCAAAUUAUGUACCGGUAUUACUGUAUUUGAAGUAGAGCAAACAGUGGUUGUGAUCUUAACUCAGAUGUAUACUUUUCCUGAUGAUCACUACCCAAUGUUGUGUCAAUAGAAAAAGGAAAAAUUGUCCAUUUAAAGAGGUAGAAAUAUGACUUCGAAAAAAG